UCACAAUCGCCCCCACAGGCUACGACUGCAAUAGCAAAGAUCUCAUCACCCUCCAAACCGAGCAUUGCUAAUUCAUCAUCAAUUGCAUUUUCUUGCAAUAGUACCAGCAGUGAAACUGUAACUACCACUACUACAGACUGCAUAAGUAAGCCAAUAUCAAACAUCGCCGUCGCUCCUGUGUGUCUACCGCGUUCUGUGCUCGCUGCCGCCGAUCAGUUUUCGGCUGCAUUGCAGGCCGAGUCAACUGCUUGUGAAGCAGUUCUUAAAGAUCUUCUGGCGGCCUAUAUAGGUAUGCGCAAGGCAUCUAGCAAGCAGCAGCUGGAAGGAAAGGAAAUUGGAGAGGCAGACGGACGUAUUUCAGAAAUGCAAAGCACACAUACAAGCGAUAUUUUUGUUUUGCAGAGGCGGCUAACAGAAAUGGAGCACUUUCUUGUCUCAAUAGAUCGUAUAUCAUCAGAGUCUUGCGAAGAAGUUUCACUAUAUAGUCUAAUUUUGUUAUUUUUUUAUUUCUGUGACCUCAUUCUGCACAUCUUGUGCUGUUGUCUCCUCGAAAAGAAUCACGAAAAGUUAUCGUCUGACAUAUUAUCAAGCCGUGAGGCUCUCAAUUCAUCAAUCGAAUUAGCGGAAAGAUUCCGUCGGAUUUUGCAUGAUAUUUUCUCACGCUUGCCCAGCCAUAUGGCUCCGCAAGGCGGCCUUCGGCUCCACACGCGAUCAGCUGUUGAUUCUUGCUUUGACAUUCCUGCUAGUCUCUGUUCUGGUCUGGCUAAUAUGCGUCUGCGUGACUUCUCAUAUCUCGUCCUUGACAGUGAAUGCACGAAGGAGGCAAAGGAAAAAUCUGUCAAACCCAGUGCCCUUUCUCCAGGACACCAAUCUUAUUUACACAGCUGGUUGUCUCCGGCAUUGGACCGCCUCCUCUCGGCAAUAGUCACUAAAUCAGAUAAAGCUGAAGACCAGUUGCGCGAGCUUUCUGAUCGUUUGUCUAUGAUGACGGCUGAUUUGGAGAGAGCUGAAAUAACAUUGAAUAUGGACUUGAUGGUGCGUCCAACUCAUUUGUCUCAAGCUCUAGUGAGGCAGAAGCAUCAGAACAAAAGUCCUUCUGAAAAGUGCAGUGACAAUCUUCAAAGUAUAUUUAAACUUCUGCAACAUCACGCCUUCCUUCUCGAACGCGAUGAGCUUCUCGUAAGCAAACUCGUCGAGCGUCUUGGCAAGCUUGGUUUCAAUCUCUCCAAAGAAUCUCCCUCUGAAAAUCUAGAAGCUAAAUUACAUUCAGACCAUACUGUCUCUCAGAAGCCGAUAAUAAACCAAGACAGAGGCCCCGGUGAUGAUUCAGUGGCCAAAGCUACAGUUGGUGAUAUGUCAAGCAAGCCCUCUGCUAAUGGUCUUGACGAGACAAACAAAACCCCAGAGAACCGUAAAAAUGGUUGUUUAAACCAUCUAAGUCGGUUAUCCACCCCUGCCUCUACCAAAACCAUUGACUCCCCGCAUCAUAUUGACCCACGGCUCGAUGCUCAUCAUCAACGCGAUCUGGCCAUAUUUCGAUGGCUGGAGAGAGUCCUCGACAAGCAGAAAAGCCCUGUUCGUGACGAAGUUGGAAAAUUUGAUGCCGGAGAAACGGACAUCCGUUUCAUUCGUGUGCCUGAACCUCCAGUUUCCGUUGUAACAAUAUGCGCUCAGAAUGCAUCUGAAAUGGAUCAAUCGACUGUCGAGAAUGACUCACCUACUAGAAACGUUACUAAUAUAUCGACCAUAUCAGCGUCGCGGGCUUCACCAUCUUCACCAAGUGUAACCUCUAAAAAGUUGGAGACUCCAAAUAUAAACGGUGAGUAA